GGUGUAGGUGACAUUAAAGGCCUGAUCGGAUCGAAUGUAAAAAGAUCAAAAUCUCUUUUUUGUGCAUAUUAUCUGCGUAUAUCAUGGGAAGCCCCAGCGUCCAAGAAGCAGAAGUAUCCCUUCAGACUGCCUUCUUCUAGGGUAGUGAGUAAAACCAGGGUCAAGAAAUUGAGGAAACAACUGUCUAAACAAAUUGCUACUCUAGUGGGUAAAGAUUAUGGACAAACUUAUCGUGAUUCCAGAGCCCCCUGGCAUUGUUCCCUUCGUACAACAGGUUUCAGAGGAACACAUAGAUGUGGAGUUACAUUAUUAUCAGCCUGGCCUGAAGCAACUAUUCUUGUAUCUGCUGCUCACUGUAAUCAGAUCUGUAAAGAUUCAGUAACUAAUCAACCUCUGGAGAUCUGUUGUUGCAGAGUUGAUGCUGAUCCAGGGUCUUGUAAAAAUUCUAGUUCCUAUUGUGGUUUUCGUCCUGAACUAAUGGAGGCUGACCCCAUUGAUCUACAAAUAGUUUGUGGGGAAUUCUCUCUAGAACUAGCGCCUGAAACUUAUAGUAAAGAAAAUGAAAGGGUUCUGCAGAUUGAAAAGAUUACCAACCAUCCCAAGUAUUUGCUUGGUUAUCCUGCUCUUGGUUUUGAUAUUGCUGUUUACCAUGUCAAGAAUCCUCAGGAGUUGAGAGCUUUAAAUUCUGACAAUGUAGAUCCGAUUGCAAAUAAAACUAUUUACCCAGCCUGUCUUCCUAAACUAUCCUUCAGUCAAUAUAACAAUGCCUACCCUGGAGAUUUCUAUGCAUGGAAGGAUCCAGAGCCGACGUUUAAAGCUCCUGUAGAAAUUUUGAGAACUUAUGUACGAGAUAAUUUGUUACCGAGAGAGGAUAAACUUAAUAAGGUUGAGUGUGGGGAUCCAGGAUGGAUGAAUUCUAAUACAUAUUAUCCCCCUGGGACAAUUUGCUUUAAAUCCAUUGUUCAAGACAGCUGCGUAGAGUUUGGUAACUCUGGUUCUCCUGUAGCACUGAGAGCUCCCUGGGAAUUAUCUGGAAAACAAAAUAUUUCAAGGUUCCAUUGGGCAGGAACUCUCUCUAUAUCAAAAGGCUGUGACCAAACGUUUGUGUCUUUAGUAAAUAGCAAUUCUAGAAAGACAUCUGUUCCUAAACUGCAAAUCAGGUCGGAGAAUCCUGCAGUAUUUACAGAUGCAAGGUGUUAUCUGGAUUGGAUCGCUGAACAAUAUAAUCACAAGCCCCCAGUUGGAUAUACAAGACCGAAACAGUGUGAGAUUGCGGUUGGAGACAGGUUGGAUAAGGAUAAUGAAAUGUGCAGAACCAACCGGAAUACAACAUGUGAUCUCACAAAUACAAAAUGUAAUCUGGAAGCAUUUGAAGGAUAUGCUUACAAUAUAUACAGGUGCAAUGAUACAAAUGGAAACAUGGUAAAUUGUGCAAAUAAUUGCAAGGGUGUUGACCCAAAUGCUGUUGUGGUUGGUGGAAUUGCUGUUGGUGUAACUAGUGCAGUAGGAGCCGCCAUUGCCAAUGGAAUCGGAACUGGUGUGUUUGGAGUAGGAUUACCAUUUCUAG